AUGUGCAAGUGCCUUUUGCUUCUUCUUUGCAUUCUUUUCCCGCCUUUGGCCGUGCUGAUCCAUUCGGGCUGUGACAUCAACUUUUGCAUUAACAUUCUCUUCACGUUUCUUGCUUACGUUCCUGAGCUCGUUGAGCGUUGUAAAAAGAUUAGGGAUGAUUCAUGCAAUCUACAUCUGCUUCUACCACCAGCCCGCUGGAACCGCCAUCUACCACCAGUCCGCUCCAACCGGAUACUAGAGUGCAUGAUGUCUGGAGCUUUAUGGCACUUCCUCUACAUGUUCAACAACGUACUACAUCGAGAUUUAAUCAAAUUAUUUAUCCAUUUGCUGAAGCAGCUCAAAGAUGUACAAGUGCCUUUUGCUCCUUCUUUGCGUUCCUUUGCCGCCUUUGGCCGUGCUGCUCCAUUCGGGCUUUCCUGUAAAAAGAUUAGGGACGAUGCAUGCAAUCUACAUCUGCUUCUACCACCAGCCCGCUGGAAUCGCCAUCCGCAAAUACUAGAGUGCAUGGUCAUGGUUUUUGGGGCUUUAUGGCACUUCUUCUACAUGUUCAACAACGUACUACAUCGGGAUUCAAUCAAUUAUUUAUCGUGCCCA